GCAAUAUUGGAGCUAUCCAGACAUAUGGUAUUGAGCCAGAGGCCAAUUCAGAUGAGGAAAAUAACAGGGAUUUAGUUGUUGGAGCAGCGAAUUUGUGGCCCGCUGACUGUAUGCUUUGCUACAAGGUUUUUCCAAUGGCAUUUAUUGUCUGCUCUUGAUUCACGAUUUAAAUAAAGACACGCAAUUUUGAGGUGAUUUUUUAAAAAUAUACUUUAGUGAAUUUCAAAUUUUCAGUGUUUUUUUUUUACUGUAAUAUGCUUAGAUUAUAAAUAUUUGAUUGAUCCAUUAUAUUUAUAUUAAUAUUUUUACUCUUUAAAUGAUAGAUUUUACGUGUUUUUAGGGUUUAUUUUUUGUGUAUGGAGAUUGCAAGCAGCUGGACGCUUUUAAAUUUCCUUCUGGAUUAAUACAGCUAUUCAUUCAUUCAUUAUACAUUAUAUGUCCUACAUCAAAAUGAAGACCCUCACAGCCCUCAUUGCAAAAAGUUUGGACCCCCUUCCAGGUCGGUCUGUAGUAUACUUGCUAUACUCAAGUAUACAGUACUUAAUACUACUUUUAAUGGUACUACUUUUUUGCCAAGGGUUUGUUUGUAAAUUAAACUUUGAAAGAAAAAAAUACUGCAUGUUUUUAUUUUUUUUUUUUUUUUUUUUUAAUUUGGUCCAUCGUUUCAGAGUGUGCGUUUAUUUGUUGGGUAUCAAUUAUUAGUUAUUCAUGUUCCCGCGUGCGGGCAGGGGCUCCACAACUAGCCGAACGGCUAGCUAGCAUCAAUGACCAAAAUGUCUUUCUUCUCUCCGGCCGAGAGGAAGCACCACGACUCGAAAAUAUGACGACGUGAGACGACGCCGUUGAUGGGUUGACUCCGUCAAUCGCGGGAGGAAUUUCCGCCCAUUUUUAAUGAGGCCAAAUUUUCGUUCCUCGGCGGCUCCACCAACGAAACGACGCGAGCAUCCGAGCGGCGUUCAGCGGGGUGACGAGGGGGACGGCUCCCCCUGCCUCGUUGCCGAACGAACACCGGGUGUCGUUUCGGGGAUUAUCCCGAACUCCAGGUACGACCACGCCGGGGUUCCGCUUAGUGCGGGGUUUUGAGCAGCAGACGGAUGUUUCAGGGGGUCGUUCUCCGGGCUAACGCGCAUCUCUUCUGCGCCUCUGCUAGCAGGUGGUUAAGCUAAGCGGCUAGCUAGCCUAUCCAGAUUACCAAAGAUCUUCGCCUGGAGACGAAAACGCUGUGAUGCGCAGACGCUACGGUUCGCUUUUACCGCGAAGCGCGGAGCAUUUCGAUUUCUGAUGUCCAUGAAGAUGACACCUCACAGCCAGGAGGGUGGAUUAAAAUCCACCAAAACCCUGGAUAGAGGGUUUGUUUUGGGGUGUUCAUCAGAUGGAUGUUGCUGCACAUCCUCAGGAGCCCCAUUGUUUGAACAGAAUCAGCAAGUCCUCUGAGGUUAUUCCACAGCUGCACAAAUGGAUAUGAUAAUAAACUAAUGGAGGUAUCCUUUUAUAUUUCUUAAAUAUCAGUGGGACAAAAAUCCGACCAAAUUUCUCAAUUAAAAUGUUAUUUCAGAAACCUUUUUGAAGUUAUACACAUAUUAUAUAUUUUCUUUAUAAUUCAUCAUUUUGUGGUCUUAGAAUUGAGAGUUGGUAGUGGAAUGGAGAAGUUCAUGAGUGUUGAGAGUACAUGGUGAUUUAGUUCAAGGUGGAGGUCAAGGCUAAACAAAACAGCUUAGACACAAAAUAGGAAGAGGUGGAGCCGUGCAGGCGAGGCAGAGAUGGAAGGAUGUGUAACAGGUUUGGACAAUCAAGGACAGGAUGGAGGUGUACAACGUUCCACCUGUAUGAUAAAAAGAUGGAAGGAGAACUCUGAAGAUCUGAUGAAUGAGGAAAAUUUUGGAGAAUGUGGAAAAGGUGCAUGUUGUAGAGCAAGAAGUAGCCAAGAUCAGUGUAGAUGAAGAGUGGAAGGACAGCGUAUCCUCCUGACAACAUCCCUGUUCAGAUGCAGCUGGAAACGAAGAGAUAAAAGAGGGGUUGUGGAUCUGAUUCCACCUUUCCCAGCAUCUUAGUUCUCCAGUCACGGCCCCCUCACAAGGAGCCUCUCCAGACAUGGAUUGGGCAUCUCCGGGUGCCAAACUGAAUCCUUAUGCCCGAACUCGCAUGACUGAGACCUGGCAGCAGCACACCGUCGCUCCUCCCGUCGUCCACAACAUCCCCGCGGCAACAGAGAAUGCUCUGGGCUGUACUGUUUAUGGGAUUGUUCUGCAGUCAGACGCUGCGUCUCUGCAGCAGCAGCAGAGCCAGCUCGAACAGCAGCAGCAGAACCAACAGAACUCCCUGCAGGUCGGUGCCGAGGAGGCGCAUAAAUGUGAGACCUGUGGACACGACAUCUCCCACCUGGCGAACCCGCUGGAGCAUCAGUGCGUGGUGACUCAGGACAGGUCCUUCCAGUGCACACAGUGCCUGAAGAUUUUCCAUCAGGCCACAGACUUGCUAGAGCAUCAGUGCGUGCAGGUGGAGCAGAAGCCGUUUGUCUGCGGCGUCUGCAAAAUGGGCUUCUCCCUCCUCACCUCCCUGGCGGCGCACCACACGUCCCACAACAGCGGCAACCCCAUGAAGUGCUCCAUAUGCGAGAAGACGUACCGACCCAGUUCCUCUGGGAACACCACGCCCACCUCCUCCAACUCCCAGCAGACCAGCAGUGACCCGGCCAGCAGCAGCUCCUCCAUCCUGCCCUUCCCAUCAGCCCGAGACCGGCCCUACAAGUGCUCCGUGUGCCAGAAAGGCUUCAAACACCUGUCGGAGCUGACGCGGCACGAGAGGGUGCACACCGGUGAAAAACCCUUCAAAUGUGACACGUGCGACAAGGCCUUCAGCCAGUCCUCGCACCUGCAGCACCACCAGCGCACGCACAGCAACGAGCGGCCGUUCAAGUGCGCCGUUUGCGAGAAGAGCUUCAAGCACCGCUCCCACCUGGUGCGCCACAUGUACGUGCACUCCGGAGAGCACCUGUUCAAAUGCAACCUGUGCGAGCUGCACUUUAAGGAGUCGUCCGAGCUCCUGCACCACCCCUGCCACCCGCAGGGCUCGCGGCCCUUCCGCUGCGCUGCGUGCGGGAAGGGCUUCAAGCGGCCUUCCGACCUGCGCCAGCACGAGCGCACGCACUCAGAGGAGCGCCCCUUCCACUGUGACGAGUGUCAGAUGAGCUUCAAGCAGCAGUACGCCUUGGCACGCCACAGACGCAUGCACAAAGACCCCACCGACCGGCCCUUCAAAUGCAACCUGUGCGACAAGGGCUUCAUGCAGCCCUCCCACCUUCUGUACCAUCAGCACGUGCACGGCAUGGACAACCUCUUUAAGUGCGCCUCCUGUCAGAAGGAGUUCAGCCAGUCAGGAGAGCUGCUCCGGCACAAGUGUGGCGAGUCGUCCAGCGCCUCCCUCGACAAGCCGUACAAGUGCGACGUGUGCGGGAAGGGCUACAAGAAAAGCUCCACGCUGCAGCGCCACCAGAACUCUCACUGCCAGGAGAAGCCACUGAAGUGCUCGCUGUGCGAGCGCCGCUUUGUCUCCUCCUCCGAGUUCGUGGAGCACCGCUGCGACCCGUCGCGGGAAAAACCACUUAAGUGUCCCGACUGUGAGAAGAGGUUCAAAUACACGUCGGACGUGAACCGCCACAGGCGCGUGCACACGGGCGAGAAACCCUUCAAAUGUGACCACUGCGACAAAGCCUUCAAGCAGCGCGAACACUUGACCAAACACCAGAGCACGCACUCCAGGGAGGGCCAGUUCAAGUGCGUGUGGUGCGGGGAGCGCUUCAGCGACUUGGGGUCAUUGCAGGACCACACGGUGCAGCACACAGCCGAGGGAGGCGGCUACGACAUGUCCCAGUGCAUCUGAGGCCAAAGCAGAACGUCCACAUCCUCCUUUGUUUGGCAAUGAGCAUCCCCCGCAGUCAGUGCCGCCGUUUAAGGCCCGCCCUUUUCCGUUACCAUGUUUUUGUCAGAAAAAAUCCCUUAAGGAGUUGAAGCGCUCUUAUUUUGAAGGAAGCAGACAGAAAAACCCACUAAUUAAUGUGAAACUUCCUUUUAUGGUUAGAUUUUGAAGUUUAACAGAAUGACAUAAAUCUGCACAAACGACCUCAGUACCUCUCCUGAAUCUGCAGCCUGACCUCCACAUGUCGGAGGAUCACCUUUGUGCUCUUUCAGUUACCUUUGCAGUUCAAACCUUUAGCUAGUUACGAUAUUUGAGUUCAGUCUGGAGGAAGUUUAAAGUACUUAAACUAUCCGUCUGCAGUAAUAUGCCUUAACUUUGGUUUUUUUGAAGAGGUCUUGUGCAAAACCCUUAACUAAAUCUUAGUUCUAAGGAGAGAUUAGCCUUAAAGAGGCAGAUUAAGGUGUAAUUGAGACCCAGUUUUCUCCUCAUCCCACCUUUUCCUGUCUGAAUCUUCCUGAUGAAAUAGAAAAACUCAAACAAAUUUUGUAACAAUUUCACAGGCAAACUGUGAAAAGCACAAAACGAUUCGUAAAGGUGAACCCUCCUCUUCCUCCUGGCUUUACGUUUUGUCCUGAUUUUAUCCUUAAGAUGCUCGUCCGCUCGUGUGAAGUGAAACAGUAUUAAGGGGUGGGGGGUUUGGGAAUGUAUUCUGUGUGUUGGAAGUAUUCGUCAGGACCGUGGUGGACCUGUGCGAGCCAUGAUAUUCAUGGCUGCUCUUUUUUUAUGUUACAAUGCCAGUAAGACUUAAGAGUGCAGACUCGGCAAAAGCUCCAAACGGUGACAUGUAUGGAGGUCUAGAAGUGCCAAAAAACAUGAAAAAAAUGUGUUUAAAAAUAUUCCAUAAUUACUUAAAAAUUUGAAAGAAAAAAAUUGUCAAAAUUUAACAAAUUAAAUGAUAAUAUUAAUAAAAAUUAGGCUAAUUUAAAUGGCAACUUUAAUUUUUUAAAAUAAAAUAUGAUUAUUUGAUAGGAUUAUUCAGUUAUCAGUUAAAAAGUAAAAGUUGAAAUGACUGAAAAAAAUCUGCAACAAAAGUGUAAAAUUAAUACAUUUAUGGUAAAAUUGUGCACUUAUUUAAAAAAAAGUUGAGUCAAAAGUUGUUUAUUUCUGUCUUAAGGUUAAAGAAAUUAUGUACUAAACACAUUUAUUCUAAUUAAUACCAAUUUAAAUAGUUUUCUAGCAUGUUUAGUUAAUUGUCACUUUUAGACCUUCAUAGAUCUCCACCAAUGUUUUCUGAUGCAGAUGUUUCAAAAAUAUCCUGCAGAAGUUUGGUGCUUUUAGGACUUCAGACCUGCGUUUGAGCCGAUGAGUUCUGGCCAACCUGUACAUACCAUGUGUGAGUGUUAUUGAGCCUAGAGGCUGGGAAUGUCAGGAGGAGUCUUUCUUUAAAAAGAAGAUGAAGGAAAAAAAAAGUGUUCUGAGAAACUUGUUUUGUAUUUUGAAACUUUAUACUGGAGCAAAAAAAGAAGCUCUUUUUGGUUGUUUUCUUUUGUACUUUUGUCUUUUUUCUGCAGGAGAGAUGUGUGAAUGUAAAAAUGUAAAUCCUGUCAAACAGAGAAAAGUGGACUGAAUGGCCUUUUUAUUAUUAUUAUUAUUAUUAUUGUUGUUGAGAUUGGAAGCUCACUUGUUUGAAAGGUCUCUGCAGGAUGAACCUGCUCUUUGUGUUUUCGUGUGUGAUGGAGUCGUGUUCCUGCUCCAGAACGGAAGAUUUUAUUGAGAUUAUGCUUCAGAAACCCCACCCAUCCUUCUUCUCCUCGUCUCUCCUUCCUGUCUUUUCAUCUCGAUUUGACUUCUUCUCAUAGCAGUGUUACAAAGUAACUUAAAAAUAUUGAUUUUAUACUACAGCGGCUGAAAUGAGUUUUCUCCGGAGGGUGGCUGGGCGCUCCCUUAGAGAUAGGGUGAGGAGCUCAGUCACCCGCUGAGAGAACUCUGAGUAGAGCCGCUUCUCCUCCGCAUCGAGAGGAGCCAGUUGAUGUGGUUCGGGCAUCUGGUCCGGAUGCCUCCUGGACGCCUCCCUGGAGAGGUGUUCCGGGCAUAUCCCACUGGGGGGAGGCCCCGAGGAAGACCCAGGACACCCUGGAGAGACUGUUUCUCGGCUGGCCUGGGAACGCCUCGGGGUCCCCCCAGAGGAGCUGGAAAAAGUGGCCGGGGAGAGGGAAGUCUGGGCAUCUUUGCUUAGACUGCUGCCCCCGCGAUCGGGUCCCGGAUAAAGUGGAAGAAGAUGGAUAUAUGAUUUUAUAGACUUACAAGGUCCUAACUUUAACUCCAAACUCAAUUUUUAAAUUCAAAUCUCUUAAGCAGCUGGUUUCAGGGGGUGGAGCUUAAUUGUUGACUUCACCCUUUGUUCUUUUAUCAAAACGUAUCACUUUACUCCUUUCCUUUCUUUUCUUCAGUCCAGUCCAAGCUGCUAAUUGUGCUAUUGCGGAUAAAAAGGAGCAUUUUUAAUUUGAUCUUAGCUAAAAACAUUUUUUUUGCCCUCAAGUCAAGACGAGAUGCUCAGCUGCUGUUUUAGUUUACUGGUCUAGCAUUUCCAGACUUUAAGAUCUCAAGUGUUUUAUUUCAUUGUGUUGGUGUACUUUAAAUUCAAGUGAGGUCUAAAUUCCCAGAGGCCUUUGCUGGUUGCAUAUUAGUGACCAUCUGGUCUCUGAACGGCGGUUUGAACACAAAGCAUCAUGGGUGUCUCCCACUUUUAGCCAAGAAAUAAGUCUGCAUGUCAUCAAAAGUGAAUAUCUGGGUUUGGAACUCAUCAGUAGGUUUAAGUGUACAUUUUUUAAAAAACCAAAGAGUAACUCCUCGUCAAUUCUUGAUUGAUUAAAAAAUAAAUAAAUAAGAAAAGUCAGCUGGCGAGGGGGGAGGAGACUAAAAAGCUCCAUUAUAAGCACAAAUUAAUGUCACCAGCCCUGCAUGCUCGCUGUCUGUUUGUUCUACUGAGAACUGGUGCUGACAUCCCUCUUCUGUUCUGCCUUUUUUUUUACUUUUAUGUCUUUUUUUUCAUUUCAUUGUACUGUAGAUUAUGUGAAGGAUGUUAAAAUCUUUGAAAAGAAAAAGUCUUUGUGGCAACGGCAGUUUAUCCAUGUUUAAAGUGAUCUGUAUGUAGCAUUUAAUUACACGAGGCACUAACAAAUAAAACUUUUUUUGCUGUUUAUAAA